AUGGACAAGACCUCCAAAGCUCGAGAUGAUGAUGAAGCCAACCAAGAGCGCCCGGGGGCUGCGCCGCCCUCGAGCUUGCUGAACGAUCUAGUACCCCCUCCUGGAACGAUGUAUUUUGGGCACCGAAGCUAUAAUAUCCUGAACAGCGCCGAGAUAGGUGACUCGGACAAAUUUGGCACGGUGACUUGGAACAUCGACGCCUACACAUAUGCCGCCGGCGCCGUCGCGCCUACCGACCCGACCUUCUCUGCCAAGGGCGGGUCGAUUUACAUCGUUAUGGUGCACAGCGGCUUCGUCAAGAUCUACGACACGUACAACCAAGACACUUGGGAUCGCAUGUUCCUCGAGGUAUACCCCAGCAAUUCGAACCUUGUGGCUAUGACCCAGCUGCCCACCACUGGGUCGGGGAAUCAAGUAGAGGAUAAUUACAACUACUCGAUCGACUACGGCCAAUCGAUGCAGAUGCUGAAGAAUCAAGGAAACGAGGCAUUCUUGUUCACUGCGAAAUACCAGCAGGGUUUCAGCCGUAUCCUGUCCAGGCAAACAGGCGUCACUUCUGAUCUUGUCCAUUUCGGAAUCGAUAGGGCGGGGCACUCCGAAGAACAUCGCAUCACUGAAAUCUGCGGCCUUUCCCUGUUCACUCAUAAGAAUCCUUCCCAAUUCCCGGUUACCCCAGGAUGGAAGUUUGAUAUCAAUGGGGACAAUCACUGGACCGUCAGCGGGGGCUUCACUUUAUCACUUGGGUUUUGA